AUGGCGCUGAGCGGAGUGCGGGUGCUGGAGCUGGCCGGCCUGGCGCCGGCGCCGCUCUGCGGCAUGAUCCUCGCCGACUUCGGGGCCCAGGUGGUGCGGGUGGACCGGACGCCCCGGUCCGCCGUGGCUACCGACGUGCAGGGCCGCGGCAAGCGCUCCUUGGCGCUCAACCUCAAGCGACCCCCGGGCGCGGCGGCGCUGAGGCGGCUGUGCUGCAGGGCGGACGUGCUCAUCGAGCCCUUCCGCCACGGUGUCAUGGAAAAACUUGGGCUUGGUCCAGAGGUCAUUCUACAGGAGAAUCCCAGACUCAUCUAUGCUAGACUGACUGGAUUUGGCCAGGCAGGAAAAUAUGCCAGAUCUGCAGGUCAUGACAUCAAUUAUUUGGCUUUAUCAGGUGUGCUGUCAAAGCUAGGUAGAAAGGAUGAAAAUCCUUAUCCACCCGUAAAUCUUCUGGCUGAUUUUGCUGGUGGAGGUGUCAUGUGCGCAAUGGGCAUUGUUACAGCUCUUUAUGAACGUACCAGAUCUGGCAAAGGGCAGAUCAUUGACGCAAGUAUGGUAGAAGGAGUAGCAUACCUAAGUUCUUUCCUGUGGAAAUCACAAAAUUUGGGGCUUUGGAACAGACCUCGAGGUGAGAACCUGCUAGAUAGCGGUGCACCUUUUUAUGAAACCUACAAGACCUUCGAUGGAAAAUUCAUGGCUGUCGGUGCCAUUGAGCCUCAAUUCUAUGAGCAGUUAAUAAAGGGUCUUGGGCUAGAUUCAGAUAAACUUCCCAGUCAGUUAAGUUUCUCCGACUGGCCCGAAAUGAAGAAAAAGUUUGCGUCCAUAUUUGCAGAGAAGACACAAGCUGAGUGGUGCAGCAUAUUUGAUAAUACUGACGCCUGUGUGACCCCUGUUUUAUCCUUUGAUGAAGUUGCCUCACAUCAGCAUAACAAACAAAGAAGUUCUUUUAUCAAAAAUGAUCAGGAAGAGAUCAGUCCUAGACCUGCUCCUCUUCUGUCAAGGACCCCUGCUGUUCCAUCGUUUAAAAGAGAUCCUUUUAUAGGAGAACACACAGAAGAGAUACUUGUAGAAUAUGGAUUUACUAAGGAAGAGAUUGCUAAACUUUAUUCUGAUAAAGUAAUAGAAGUCAGCAAACCAAAAGCUAAUUUAUAGUCUCUAACUAUGCAGAUCAGACAAAUUUCAGGCUGAUACAGUAAGUUUUUAUGCAUUAAAAUUGAAUUAGAUGACAAAUAAAUGUUUGCAUGAUACUGCUUUUAAAUAUUUUUUUUUAAAUUAUUGAAGUUUUAAAUUUAAUUGAAAGCAGUCAGAGUUACGUAUGUGUGUAGCUGGUCUGCAGUCUAGAAUGAUACCAAAAUUGUGUUCUGAAGAUCUCCACAGUUUACUUAGUAAGCAGCUGUAAAUCCUCAAAAUGUUUUAAAUAUUGUAUCAUGUGAAAUGUUUGUUUCUUUUAAUUCUUAGUUACACUGUUACUUUGUAAUAUAUGUUGUAAUUACAUGAAGGCAAUACUUUUCAUAAAAUACAGUUAUGUUCUUCCU